AGAGUGCGGAGAUAAGCAGCCCUCCGAAACGUGCUUAAAAAGGGCAUGUCAGAGGCGGAGGAGGACUCAUCUGAAUAUGCGGAGGAGUCUGAGGAGGAGGAUCCCUCCACUGGGCCCGACAGCGAAGACUUGGAGUCGGAGCCGGAUGAUGAGGAGAUGGAGGUCCUGAAAAAGUACUUGUCAGUGAAUGACAAGAGUCUUGACGACUUGGAGCUUCCACCCAAAGUGGUGAAAUCCACCGUACGUGCCUGGGACAGCUUCGUGGGCGUCUUCGAGCGUAAAGAAAGCGCGGCGGACGCCAUCUACGGCGCCUUCUUCGACGCAGCGCCAAACCUGCAGGGCAUGUUCCGGGCGCCGCGGGCCACCAUGGGCCUGCGCAUCUUGACGGGCAUCACCAGCUUCGUGCACGCGGCGCACGACGCGACGUUGCUGAGGCGCCAGGUGGAGGCAGUCGCCUUCAAUCACCUGGACCUGGAUGUCACCGCUCCGCGGGUGGAGAUCUUUAGAGAGGCCACCAUGGAGGUGUUCGACCUGGAGCUGGGGGCGUUGUUCGGCACCCGGGCGCGCAUGGGCCUCUCCUCCAUCAUGACCUACGCGGGUGGGGCGUACAUCUUCUGCCGGAAGGAGUACGCAGGUCGCAUCCGUUUACUUCUGCGGAGCUGGAACACAGCAGCAAAGAAAGGGGAUGACGUUGACCAGAUCGAGGACCUGGACAGCAAGUCCGACGAGGAAGAGGAGGAAGAGGAGGUAGCGCAGGAGCGGGUGGAGGUAGACCCUACAAAGAGCCAGGAGGGCGGCAAGAACUCACAACUCAAGGUGCCUACAACCUUUGACGAGAUGUUCUUGUUCAACGCCGCGGUUAUGGGGUACUCCAACAGUACUUGGAUGAAGUUCAUCCUGGAAUACUUCGACCCCAUCGUCACCAACGUGGCCAACUCCUAUCGUCUUCAAGAGGCCUGCGAUGUGCUGUCCUUGAACUUGGCGAAGUGCAAGGGAGAGAUCAACCUCCCGGAGUUCAAGGCGGUGAUGCUGGCCUCUUUGAGGUCCUUGGUGCCGAAAGAGUGGAACUCGCAGCACGAGGUAGCUUGGAAUUGGCUCUGGGAAAACGUGGAGCGGUUGCUGACAAAGCAGCUCGGCAAGCCCCGAGCGCAGCAGAAAGCCCUCGAGCGGUUCGUAGUCAACCUCUCGCAGGACGCUCUCACCGGCUACUGCCGAGACGUCUACAAGAGGUUUUUUCAGCUUGCCCCCUCUGGGCAAGACUUCUUCAAGCAGUCCACAACCCGGCUGUUCUUCAUCGCGGAGAAGAUCGUGGAGAUGACUGUGGAGAUGUACCGCACUCCCAAGAAGAUGGUGGAGGAACUCUCGGGUCUGGGCUUGCGGCACGUGGGCUACGGCGUACCCACGGAGCUGUUCUCGCCCUAUGUGACUGCGGCCGUGGAGAUCGUCCGCGGUUUCACCACGGACGACACUACGGAGACGGCCUUUGCCUGGUCACUGACUUUGAUCGCCAAGAUCAUGGUGCGGACCUUGGUGGAGGGCUCGACAGUGGUCAUGCAGGCCAUCAACACCAACAUCGAGAAGAAUUUGAAAAAGGCCAUCGCAGUGGCUCCGCGGGGCAAAAGGGCCAUGGAGUUGCUGAACAUCACUGUGGGCACACAGUCCAUCUCACCCCUCUACUGGGCCAUUGAGUCUGGCAGCCUUGUCUGCGCGCAAGCGAUGAUCGAAGAUCUGCUCACCAUCCGCGCGGACCGAGACAACUAUUACUACGGCGCAGAUGCUUUGUUCACCAGGCAUCCAGAGGUGAUCAAGAAGUUGUCUUCCAGUGCUCCUUCCUUGCUCGAGACGCUCCUGGAGGGACUUGUCUGGAGGUCAAGGGUGAUCUCCAAUGGCACAAGGCGAGUGAACUGCUACUGCAAACAUCUCAUGCAAGAUGUCGACGGUAACCCACAUCAAGCUCUGCAGUGGCUGGUGGAAUAUGGCAAUCCAGUCAUCAUCAGCCAGUUUACCAUUGUUCUCGUGGCAGACUUGAUAUGGACCCGGCUUGCAGCUUACCACUUUCUUCUGGGCCGCUGCUACUUUUUGUUUACACUCUGUGUGGCCGUCACAAGCCAGUCAUUUCUCUCAUAUUCAAAGGCCUCCAAGACUCCGGAAACCUUGGAGUCCAACACCGUCGUAUUUGUUUGCCGCAUCUUCUUGUACCUGGGGAGCAUGGGCAAGAUCUUGUACGGCCAGAUUCGGUGCUUUCAAGCGGACUGCCGGAACGGUGACAUUGAUCGUUCAUUUUACAUCCCGAUACCUCAAUAUUUGUUCUCUCUCAAAGAGGCUGGUAACUUUCUGCUGCUUUGGAUCCUCGUGUGCAUGUGCAUAGAAGAGCCACUGUGGCACUGCGGAGUGUGGUCUACGACAGAGACAGCUUUGAUCUUCAGCACGCACUGCGAGACGGUUGAGGAGAAUGGAAGCAAGCGCCGGUACACCGGUUUCUCCUGCGUUGCGAUCCUCUUGUACUGGGCACUGCUGCUGGACUUCUCCAUUUUCUCGAUGCACAUUUCUGCGUACGUCUUGGUCUUCGGCCGGGUCUUGUCGGAGGUGGCGCUUUUCGUGAUGGCCCUUGCCUUCGUGGUGGUGGCCUUCGCUACUUCCAUCAUGGCCCUGGAGCACGAUUUUGUAGAGAUGGCGAGCAUGGACGAGUGGCUUCUCUCCCUGACGGAGAUGUCUUUGGGUAUGUUCCAUCCGGACUACUACCGUUCUCUGAACAGCGAAUCAAACGUGCUGAUAGUCGUCAUCAUUUUCAUGCUUAUCGUGUCCAUCAUCCUGGUAAACCUCUUGGUGGCGCAGCUCAAUCAAGCCUAUCAGCAUGUCUACACGGACAUGCAGGGCUAUGCGCGGCUGAACCGCGCCUCUGUGAUUGUUGCCACUCUCGAGGGUAUCUCCAACAAGCGCUGGGGCCGGUUCCUGCGAGGCAUGAACUUCGAGGAGCGUUUGGAGUUCAACGAGGGGGACGUAGGCCUAGCAGGCGGCGUGCAGAUCGUGGAGCCGGCGGCGGCGCACAUCGUCACGGUGGACUCCAUCCGGCGCUUCGGGGGAUCCUCUGCGCCCACCAUGCCAUGGCCGGAUGAGGAGGACUCCAUGGAAGACAGGUUCGACCGGCUGGAGAAGCUCAUUGUAAGCUCUGUGAAAAAGAUGGGGAAAGGCAGAUCGAAAAAGAAGAAGACCAAGGACAAUGGGAGCUCGGUGCUUGCCUCCCUUUCAGGGGCGACGGAUGAGGGUAGCGACGGUAGCGGAUCAGGCUCUGACUGAAUCAGCUGUGCUGAUCUGCGCUGGUAAUUGCGCAACGUUGGCAGGCAAUUUCUUGCCAGACUCCUGGACACUAGCUAUGUUUGAU